CACUUCCAGGGCAAUGGGCUUUCUCUUAUUUUGGAAUCGCGAGCGGCUGCAGGGCGAAGACUUCGAACUGUUAGAUGUUCUUAAUGCUGAUUAAACUGAUGUACAUUAUGUGAAAUAUAUGUUCAUGCUCAGAUUACUUACUAACUACUAGGUUUGUAAUAAUAUCCUGUGUGUGAGAGACUGGUGUUUUGGUGUUCGUAUCCUCUCUAGGCAGUCGUGUUCCGGUAGUAACUUGCGCUUGGUCCCCUGCUCUCUGAAUGUAAAUAGAAUGUCAAGGCCACGGUCACGAUCGCCCCACUAUUCUCAAAGAGGCAGUCCAAGGAGGCAGGAUGUCCGCCGGUUCCCAUGGGAUGACCCAGACUUUGACCCCCAGCAGGUGCUGGCUGACCUGGGCAGGCCUCCCUGGGAGGGUAACCAUGGCCCUGGGGAGGCUCACGAGGAUCACUGGGCCCGCUUCAUGGAUGAGAUUCACCCAGAUGGCCACAGAAGACCUAUGUCCCCAGACAAUAUUCACCCAGAGGACCACAAACUAUCCCCUUCCCCAGACCUUCACAGGGCAGACCGCCACUUUCCCACAGAGCAUUUCCUCUGUGGCAGGACCCCACCAGCUCCCUACGAGCUAGGCUACGCCGAGCGCCGGAGGCUCUCCCCCCACGAUGGAGGCGAGGGUGGAAGAGGAAGACUGAGGGAGGAAUUCAAGAGAUCUGAAGAGAGAAAGAGGCUGCUCCGUUCCCCACAGAGGCUGCCCAGAGAGAGGCUACCAUCACUGGCCCCACAGCACUCUCCGUAUAGCCCAGAUCAUCCCCAGAGAGAACCUCCUAGUGGCUGGAGGAGAGGAGAGCGUGACCACAGCCCGAGGGAAAGGGUUCGGGGCAGGGGUUGGGAGCAGAAGGGUGGAAUUGGAGACAGGAGGAGGAAUGACAUGCAAAGAGAGAGGAGCUCCUUUUCUGACCGCAACCGGAGGGAGACAAACGAAGCAGUGCAUCCUGGGUACAGGAGGGAGGCCGAGUUUAGGGAGCGCCGCCCCUCGUUUGAAAGGCCUCUGGGGUACAGAGGAGGAGGGCCACGGGGCAACAGAGGCCCCCAGGGAAGCCAUGAUGGCCUGCGGCCUGGAACCCUCAUUGUGGAGCAUGACCACGGUAUUACGAACGAUGACCGCGGAGGGCGCAAUCGCAGCCCGAACCACAACCAAUUCGGUCAUCAUCAGCACUACCACCGACGCGAUGCAGCCUCUGAGGAGCAGGUCAGAAAGUCCGGCAGCAGGUCCAGCACCAGGGAUGCCAGGGAACGCCCUGUCUGUGAGGACCGGAGAGGCCCUGCCCAUGAGGAGAAGAGAGGACGUAUACAUGAAGAGAGGAGAGGGCCUGUACACGGGGACAGGAGGGGACAUCUAGACAUUGAGAGGAGAGGUCCCAUUCAUGAAGAUCGGGGACUGCCUGCGCACAACGAGAGAAGAGGCCAAGUACACGAUGAACGGAGAAAGCCGACACAUGGGUCCAGAGGAAGCCCAGACCACGAGGAGAUGGCCGUCCCAGUUGACCUCCAGGGUAGAACUAGUCCCACGGAGCCUAGGGCCAGAACCAGUGCGUUCCGUGGGCUGAGGGGGGCCCCAGCCCGGGGUGGCAAGAGACAAAUGGGUCCCUCCAGGAGCCGGUUUCUUAUGCUGGAACAGCAAGAGCGCGCCAAGCCCCAGCAUUCCGCUGCAGAGCACCAGCGGUUCGCACCCCGUGGAGGUGACUGGGACAUGGAACCUGGAGAGGAGCCCCCUGGCUGGGCGGAGGAAAGUGACACAAAGCCCCACUGGGAGCAGGACCAGGCUGCAAGGCCACAAGGAGGACCUCUGUCCAUACAGAGUCGGGUGGGACCUGGGAGACCUCAACACAGAGAUCAUAACCCCGUUUGGCACCAACAACAGAAAGACUUGGCAAUGUCGCACAUGGGUGCUGGCGAGGAGGAGACGCUCACCAUCAAGGUGGACAUGAACCGAGCCGUGAGCCAGAACAGCCAGCUGUGCUACUCUUCAGACCGUCAGCUGUCUUUGGAUCUGGUCAAUGUGGGUCGCCAGCGCUUGGACUUCCUGCCCAUGCUGGAGCAUUCUGGGACAUACCGUGAAUCAACAAUGCACUCUGGGACUUUCGCCCAAGAGAUCAUCACCCUGGUACACCAGGUCAAAGAGCACUAUUUCAGGGGUGUUGGUGUGACCCUGAAUGAGCGUUUCUCUGGCACCCAAGAUGGAGGUUUGCCUGAGGAAGAGGAGCAGGAGGAAGAUAGGCCAACGUUGAACAGGCGGUUCAACAUGAGUAUGUCCGAGCCCGAUGUUGAACCUCUCUUCUCCAAAGUCGGCCGGAUGCAGAGACAACAGCAGGCCAUAAGUGACCCCGGAGACCUGAGGCAUGACCUGGAGAGGAGACGGCAGGAGAGGCUGGAAGGGGUGAAGGUCACCAUACCAGGGGGCAGGACCACAAAGCGACCCCUGGCUGUCGAGAGUAACCAUCAGGAGGAUUAUGGUAGUGAGGAAGAGGAGGUCCAGGAGGAAGAGGAGUCCGCCUGGUCAGUCCAAGCACAAAGCGGACGGUGGCCUGGACACAUGGGUGGCGUGAGGAGAGGGGGGUUGAUUAGACAAAACAUGGGCAGCCAACGGAAGAACAACCGGCCUCCUAAUCGCCUCGGCAACCGUCCUGGAUUGAUGAGACCACAGAUCCACAAUAUUAAUGGCCCCGACUGGUAACGGAUGUUCGGAAGGGUCCACCUGUCCAGAGCUGGACCACGCGCCAAGGGGCGUGACUGACCCAGAACAGGUGUAUUUAUGCCACCCUUCGAUAGUCCUGCAGCCAGAAGCCCUGGUGGAAGUGAGCUGAUGAGUUGUCCUGUAUUGCUGCCUUUCUUCCGCUGCUUGAUCACCGGAUGUUUUCCGCCAGGCGAUUUGGGUCGGGUGCUGGCGGCCUCUUGUCAACGGUACCAGGCUCGGCGUCUCUGUAACGCUUUGUGUGUUUAUAGUCUGCGGGCGCCGCUGCUCUCGCGUGAGUGGCGACGUAGAACGCUGCGGAGAAAACACCCUGCCGUAGGCUACGAUGACUAGGGCCUGGUUUCCAUGGUGAAAUCUUGAUCCUUCCCUUAAUUUUAAGUGCAUUUAGGAAAUGGCCAAGUUGUGUUUGUUACAGUUUUUCCGGUUUUCCAUCCAGUCACACAGCUCUAUAAACCAAAUAGUUUUUAGUUGACACCAAAUACUUGUGGUUGUUGCCCAGGGAUGUGUCAUCCAGAUUAACGAUGGCUUACUAAGAUUACUUUAAGGGGAAAGUUAAUGUAAUGCUGGGUGGUGGAAGGGAAGGAUCUUGCUACUGAGGGGAAAUGAAAGGAAAUAAAUUAGUAUAUUUUAAGAGCGAGUGAAUGCUGCUUUUUGUUUACUGUAAUAUCCCCAGACAUCUAUUUUUAUGUUGGAUGUGGCUGACCUGUCCUCUGACGCCAGACCAUUUGGCUGAUGUUUCUGAUUUUGUUCUUAAGAUUUUAAGAGAGUGCUUUGAUGCUCUCCACAUGAGUUAAUGGUCCUUUAAUUGCUUAAUUGAUGUCUUCACUAAAAAUAUCAAAUAAAAUCGUUCUCAUACCA